AUGAAGUCAAGUAUAUAAGAUCACUCUGAAAAAAUUGAUACCUCAGAAUCACCUGAGAGGAGAAUAUUCCAGAGAAAAUAGGUCAGAUUCGCAAGUGCUUAACGGAAUAGGGUGCCAUAAACCAACUAUCAACAAUCAUCUAGCGCUCUGGGUCAAUAUGGAGUAACACCAUCAAUUAAAGAUUUCAGGAUCAUGUAAAAGAUUGGGUCAGGUGAUGAUCUUAAUUUUGUGUUGAAAUAGAUUGACGUGGAUGAUGACAACAAGCAAAAAUAAGCAACCUAAGAAAUAAAAGUCAUGUAGACUUUGAAUCAUCCUUAUAUUAUCAAAUUCAUUGACUCAUUUGCAGAUGAGAAAAGACAUUACAUAGUAAUGGAGCUUUGCGAAAGAGGGGAUUUAGGCAAUUUCAUUUAGAGAUAUACAUAGUCAUUUGCGAUGUAGGAAGUUAGAGUUUGGCGAUUUGUUAUACAACUAUGUCUAGCACUCGAGUAUAUCCAUUCAAAAGGGAUUAUACACUCUGAUCUUAAGCCAUAGAAUAUUCUUCUAACGGGAAAAGAUUAUGACGUAAAAUUAGCAGAUUUUGGAAUAACUUAAAUCCUUACUCAAAAUUAUCUAUACUCCCAUACUCAUAACGGAACUCUAUACUAUUGUUCACCAGAGGUAUGCAUGCAACAGCCUUAUAAUUAAAAGACUGAUGUUUGGGCAUUAGGCUGUAUAAUUUAUGAGUUAUGCACUUAAAGAAAAGCAUUCGAUGGAGUGAAUGAUGAAAAUUUAAAGAACAAAAUUAUCAAUUUUUAGAAUCCAUAGAUCCCAUCUGAAAACUACUCAAGUGAUUUGUCAAUGAUCUAUAAUCUUUGUAUGGAAAAGGAUUAAAAUUAGAGACCAGAUGUCAGUUAAAUUCUGAGAUAUCUCUGUGUUAUUAAAUAGGCUUAAUAAUAAGGAAUUCCCAUAGGUUUCAGAGAACCAAUCGAUAUUCAAUAAUCAAUUCCAGAGGUAAAACUGACAUUUGUCCAUAGAAGAAAUUCUACACUAAGUAAGUUUAUGCCUUUAAGUAAAAGCUAACUGUCAGGCUAUGAUUGCCAAACUUAAUCUAGCACUUAGCCAGAUUCACCGCUAGUAAUCAGAACUAAAGAGUAAAAAGUAGAAACUCCAAGCAGACCGUUGAAAGCUGGAAGAUAACUUUCUAGUACGAAGAGAAUCAUUGUCUUUGAUAAAAUUUAGACUAGUAUGAAAAAUUAAUAAGUCCUUAACAACCAGGAAUUUUACCGUGAUAUUCUAAAAAAGCACAACCAAAUAAACAGUUAUAUGCAGAGUACUCCUAACAAAUUGAGGUAGAUCUCAAAUUCAAAAAAAGCAACUGCUAGACAGAACGAUGUUAAAAGUUACCUAUAAAGCUACAAUAGCAGUAAUAAUAGCAAUAAUAGUAGCUAUAUUAAUGUAUCCUAUUAAACUAACCUGCCAAAUAUUAAGCUUUUAUAAUAGAAAAUUCCAAGCACAAGAUAUCACAAUUUUUCCAGCAAUAAAUGA